AUGGCUCAUGACUAUUUGGAAGUUACAGGCGCCAGUUUGUGGACCGUCUUCAGCACCCUAGCCAACUAUAAUUCCCAGCACCCCCGUGAGCGUAUCCAUGCGAGUUCAUCUGGCUUCAAUGAUGCUUACAGCCCCUGCCGAAAUGAAUGGCAACUCACGGAUUCCGCUGACGUGGGCUCCAAAAAUUAUGCCUAUGGCAUCACCACUGGGUCUGUGAUUAUUUUGAAGCUUAACCUUGCGACAUACCAAAGGCUAGGUGUCGAAAGUAAACAACUGAAGGGCCGUGAAUUUAAGGACCGUGAACUUCGGUACCUUGCCAUCCCGCUUCAGAGGUUCAAUUCUGCCAUCAAUCCCUUAAUUAGUCCAACUUCAGAACUUCCGGAAGGAUCGGAAGCCAGGCCUCUGGAACCGCGACUGAAGACCUUGUUGUCGGAGUUCUUCAUACCUUGCUAUUUAAGUGGCAGUGAUACCUUCCUCAAGUUCUGCGAAGCCCAGAUGUUAACAACACCAUCCCUGGGUCAAAGGUGCUCGACCAGUGUCUCUACCUUCUUGUAUAAACCAGGCACUCUGGCACCCUUUCAUCUAUUCAGAUCUGGUGAGGAUGAGAUGGCCCAAGAACGAUUUGAGGUACCGGUACCGGACCUCAGACUCAUCCACCAACUCCACCAAGCAAAAAGUAUUGCUGAACAAUCUCCUGCUGCUCAGGAGGUUGCCGCUGCUCAGGGGGUUGCCGCUGCUCAGGAGGUUGCCGCUGCUCAGGAGGUUGCUGGCUUCGGGGCUGCGUCACUCGUCGAAGAGCUUGUAGAGCUGGUGGGGUGUGUUUCGAAAAACGUUUACUACGACCAGGUCGUCCACGACGUGACCGUUGGUUACGGCGCACGAUGGCCCAGCAACCGGUACAUGGUGGUCUGUCAAAAGGGUGAAGGUCUUAGACAGUGCCCACAGCUGGGGGGUUUCUCCGGAGCUGCACAUGCCCUAGCGCCGCUGGUGCCGGGCUCGUUGGUGCCCCUCAGGGACACACACUUCAUGGCUUGUAUAGAACACAUUCCCAGAACGUCGGUGUUAUGCUUUCAAGGGAAUGUACACUCUACGGUUAGUGCGUGUGCGCAACUGAGUUCUUUACAAAAAGCCCGUUCCGAAACAGCCGACCAGACUAUCAUGGUCGACGAAGCCUCGGUGAGGGCGAAGCUAGUCCGAGUGACUGCUUUGUGCCAGGAGUGCGGACUCCACCACCAGGCUAACUACGGUUGCUGA